UUGGCUGGAUCUCCGUGGACUAUAUAUAUAAUUCUUACAUCCAGUUGGCCACUGGCUCUAUGCUCGUAUCUUUCGUACUUUCCGUUUAUCUUUAUGUGAAUUCAUUUUUGAACGAGAAACAAAAGAUAUUAUGCAGCCAGGGUCAACCAGGUCAAAUCCUUGACUUUUUUAUGGGCCGCGAAUUAAACCCUCGGCUUGGGGAAACUUUUGAUUUAAAAUUCUUUUUCGAGCUCCGACCUGGCCUAAUCGGGUGGUGCCUUAUUGACUUGGCGAUGCUUGCGAAACAGCGGCGUUCACUAGGAUACGUCACCAACUCGCUGCUGCUUGUCACAGCCUUCCAGCUGUGUUAUGUUGCCGACAGUCUUAUAGCAGAGGAAUCUGUGUUGACCACCAUGGACAUCACGAAGGAGGGCUUUGGCUUUAUGUUGGCUUUUGGUGACCUCGUGUGGGUCCCUUUUGUAUAUUCCCUGCAAGCACGCUACUUGGUGGAUCAUCCUAAGAAUCUGAGUCUCCCCUUUUGUUUUUUUAUUGUGGUUGUAAACAUCAUCGGGUUCUAUAUAUUCCGAUGUUCUAAUUCACAGAAAAAUCUUUUCAGAAAGGAGCCUUCCCAUCCUUCUGUCCGACAUCUUAAGUAUCUUAAGACGUCAAGAGGAACAAAUUUAUUGAUUGACGGAUGGUGGGGUAACGCCCGUCACAUCAACUACUUUGGCGAUUUACUUAUAGGCUUAACUUGGUGCUUGCCUUGCGGAUUUGAUCACGCUGUGCCGUACUUUUACAUACUUUACUUUGCGCUUCUCCUACUACAUCGGGAAAGACGUGACGAUGCCAAAUGUUUAGAAAAAUACAAGGAUGAUUGGAUUAAGUAUAGAACGUUAGUAAAGUACAGAAUUGUCCCUUUUAUAUACUGA